UUCGACACUAAGGUGGGCACAGACGUCAAUUUCCUUUUGCCAGUAUGCACCACAUAAUGACGCUUUUUUUGCUAUGUGCGACUGCUAAAGCAGGUCUGAAGGAGCCGCUGCUGGUCUACCCACGCCUUCUGCAAGAGCGCUCUUCAGAUGGCAGGCUUGUCUUGCAAGUACACGACGACCUCACGCUGAACCUCGAAAGGGCGUCGGUAGCGGCUCCGCAACUUCGUGUUCUUCGAGAAGAAAACGGUGCUUCAGUAACGGAGGUGUAUGACGGACACGAAAUCAACAGAGACCUUUACCAGGAUCGAGAUCAGUUGGCGACAGUGUCAGUGAAGAUGAACGGAAAAAACGCGGAAGUUGCAGGUAUAGUGGGACAGAAUCACAGGAUUCAACCGGUGCCAACAAUGGAACGCUCGGAGGCCGGACUCAUUCCGCACAUGGUCUACGAAAUUAGGCGCGAUAAAGUGUACGACAAAGCGCUCUCCUUCGUUGAAAACGUUAAAGGUUCCCGCUUGUCUGCGAGAUAUGCUGACGCCAAAGAAAACGUUCCACGAGAAGUCGUCGUUGAAGUCUUCGUUGUUUCAGACAUAACUCAUCACAAGCAUUUCAAGACCACAAAAGAAACAUUAGUGUACAUCUGCAUGAUGAUGAACUCUGUAAACCUUCGGUUGACUGACAUGACAAGCCCCAUGGUGAGGCUCGUUUUAACUGGCUUGGAAAAGCCUUCGUCAGAGGACUAUUUGCAUGGUACGAGUGACUUGAUGCACGACACUAGGACAAUAAAAGAAUUUCAAGACUAUGCCUUCAAGAAGAAAAGCUAUUUCGGAAGGCCGGACGUCGUGUAUCUCCUUUCCGGGCGUGACGUUGUCACGGAUGGAAGCGAUGGUAAAUUGGACAGGAUGGCUGCAGGAAUUGGUUACGUUGCUGGAAUCUGCACGAGCCACUACGUUGCUCUAGGCGAGGACAUUCCAGGUCUCUUUACUGGAAUGCACACAAUGACCCACGAAAUCGCUCAUGUGCUCGGUAGCGUGCAUGAUGGAAGUGGCCCGAGCUCUGCGAUCGAACGACACCCAGGGGCUGUGAAUUGCCCGUGGGGUAACGGAUACAUAAUGAGUUACGUCGACAACGGUCCAAAGCAUCAUCAGUUCUCCUACUGCAGCUUGAAGCAGAUGCAGUAUGUCCUCACAUUGCGAGGCAGGGAAUGCUGGGAAGUCGUAUCUACACCCCAGAACGUGAGCAAAAAGUACCCGGGCUAUAGAAACAUAAUCAAAAAGAUUUGCAGAAAAGCAUUUCCAAAUAUACAAAACGUAGAAGCAGAAGUGGUAAUUCCAAGAACAAACGAGUGUAAAUUAAAAUGCAAGCAUCAGGUGCAUGUAGGAAUGUAUAUCAAGACAUACUCUAUUACGAAGAAUGCACCGGACUACACGCCUUGUGGAGACAAGAAGGCGUGUGUGAGGGGUUACUGCGUGUACGCACCAAACGUUCCGCCAAGGAAUACUGGAGGAAGAAAGGUCCUUCCUGGUUCUGCCACGCCACCGCCAAGACCAGCUUCCGCAAACCAAUAGCCUUAGAGGAGAAGGUAAAGGAGUCAUUGGCCGCAAAGAGGAAUGCGUUGUAAGACAUUCGUCACGAUAUUAAGUGUGCAGCCACCGGCAAUAGAGCGCGCCUUUCUCCCCCCUUCCUCCCAAAAUAAUAAAUUGUGGCGAUGUAAGAGCUUGUUUAUUCGGUUUCCGGCACCGAAGCAUUCGAGAGGAAAUAUUUGUCACUGAAGUGGGAGCUUACUUGGAACAACAUAAUCUAGCCUUGCGCAUUCUGCAAAAAAAAAAAAAAAAAAAAAGAAAUGCCGCCGGUUACAGGCCCGCGGAAGGGCGUGCACCACGGGCACUGGUUUGUUUUUCUGUUUUCUUUUACUUAGUGCUGUUAAUAUUAUCAUUUUUUGAAGAGCGUCGAUGCUAAACCAAUUAACGCAACUUCGCAUUGUCGUGGAGUACAUUUUUUCCUACAGCGGGCCGUCUCGUCCCUUUUGUUUCUCGUGCUUUGUGUCAAUCUUCACUGCACACAACUGCGCUCUCGUUGUCCUGGUUGUGGUGCUGUAGCCAACAAGUACAUUUCUUUUUUUUUUUUAUGUCAACGCGCGUUCAAUCAUUACGACUUCAUUUUGCUCUGGCAACAAGGGAACAAAUGCGCUUAGGAGUUUUGCAAUGGGCGGAGAAGGGGGGGACACAAAGAAGAGAGAAAUGCCAACACAUUUAUUGCUUUGUGUGAUGCUUGAUGAAUCAGAAACCGAUGAACGUCAAAGCAAAGAUAGACAGUUUCAAUUUCAGAGGCAAUUUUUUGUUUAUUCUAGUGUGUGAAUCCCCCUAGCUUUCGGCUUGGAGGAUAGCGGAAGAUUUCACCACCACUGUUCCGCAUGUGGUUGUUGCGCCUGAUAUGCCGCUCUUAGGAUUUAUAACUCGAUUA